CAACCCUCAAACGAGGCAUUAUACCGUCCUCAUCCAUUAUCAGCGAGCUUGUCCAUGUCUUCGGUGUAGUUGCGCUUUGGAGGAACUUCAUCGUUCGAUACCUUGCGAAUCAACCAAAGACUGAUCCCAAAACGCACUGCUGUUCUUCCUGUCCAAAAUGGUGAAGAUAUUUGUUGGCAAUGUAGCUUCAGCGACCACAGAAGAUGAGCUCCGUGCUUUGUUUGAGAAGUACGGCGCCGUGUCCGACUGUGACAUUCUGAAAAACUAUGGCUUCGUGCACAUGGAUGAGGAAGAGGCGGCGCAGAAAGCCGUCUCCGCUUUGCACAAGCACGAGGUCAACGGCUCCCGCAUCACCGUCGAGUACGCCACCACCAAGGUACGCAAUGCCACCAAGAUCUACGUGGGCAAUGUUCCCGAUGGUGUCACCGCUGCCAAAAUCAAGGAGCUCUUCCAGCCAUUCGGCAAGGUGGUGGAGUGCGAUAUUGUGAAGAAUUAUGCAUUCGUUCACAUGCAGAGGGAAAGCGAGGCUCUGGAGGCCAUUUCAAAGCUUAACCACUCCAAAUUGGAGGGCCAAAAGGUCUUUGUGUCCCUCUCACGCAGUAACCCAUCCAGAAAUGACCGAGAGGAGGACUAUUUUCCUCCUCCGCCGCAUCACUAUCCACCUCACCCACACCACCAUCCUCACUUUGUCCCCCCACGCCCGCCGCCCCGUGAAUACUAUCCGCCUCGUGGCCGACUUCCACCCCCUCCUCUCCCACCGCCGCCACCCCGCGCCUACUAUGAGCACGAUGUGUACGAGAGGAGCCUUCGCCACGACCCGUAUGCUGACCCAUCCCCACGUUUUUACGAUCGGGAUCCAUACGACCGGCGCAUUCCUCCCCCUCAGCGGCCGGUCACGCCUCCUCUCGCCGAUCGCUACUACCGUGAGCGCAGUCCUCUUGGCGGUCGCCGCUCUCUCCUGCCUCCGCCUCCCCCUCCACCCUCUUCUGCCGGCUUUUCCCGGGGUUUCGCCCGCAAUGGCGCUAGCUCUGCGCCCCCUCCCCCUCCCGCUGCUCCUUCCUCUCACUAUCAGCGCUACUCUCUUGGCUCAGGCUUUGAUAAGGAUGAUUAUUUGGAGGACAAGUACAGCAAUGGCUUCAGCCGUAGCUACUACUAAGCGUUGCUGAGUAAUCUAAGAGGGGCUUACCAUCAGGGAGUUAGGGGUGAUUUUUUUUUUAUUUUUAUUUUUUUUAUUCUGUGAUAGUUGUAGCGAUUUUAGAUAUAACGGGUCAAUCAGCUAAUACUGUACUCAUUUAACUAAUAAAUUUACCUCCGCCCGAUGAAGGAACAGCAAAUAGGAAGUUAAAUACACAUGAAUUUUUAUAGCAUGUUCUGUUGUAUUAUAUUUGCCAGGCUUAUCGGUUUGAGUUUUCUUUAAAGAAUUGUUUUUUGUUUGUUUGUUUUUUUUACUCACACAGUUAAUUUUACUCUAGCAUGCACUUCAAAAAUGCAAUAGAUCGCUUGAAUAUAUACAUUUUUUUUGCAUUGAUAUUUCAACAUGCAUAGUCUACCCAACAGAAAAUUAGUCGUGUUGAAUGUUUACCUUUUUGUUUUUUUGGUAUUUAAGAAUAUUCAAGUGUUUCGCACGAGUCAGAGAGUUAUUUGGAGGUCAUUUGAUUUUUGAAAAAAUUUUUAAAGGGACUCCAUAACCAAAAUUUAUACUGUUGUGUUUUGUUUUUUUUUUUUUAUAUAAUUUUUUUUUUUUUUUCAAAUUGAAUCUCAUCUCUUGAGAGUGAGACCAGUGGGAAGGAACAGAGAGGAAAUGGUUAAAGAGGUUGUUGUGGGCGGAGCUGUGUGCUAACUGACUGAUCAACCAAUCACAUCCUACCGGCUAACCGAGCACAUCGCAUCUACCAGCCGUUCAACUUUCGGAUUCCGCAUCCUAGGAUAAAGCACCACCGGUCAAAGGAAGCGAACGACUGACCAGCCGCCAACCGCAAAAUAAAUAAAAAAAAACAACACUGAAUCAUUAGUGCAAUAUCUACACUGUAUUUCCAAAUCUCGUUGUAUUAGACAAACAGCUGAUUUGCCGACUCCGCAGACUCUGAGAAAGUUUUUAAAGAUUAUAAAGACUUAUUUUGACAUCACAUUAUAAUGGACGUGCUUGUGAUUGAAAAUAUUACUGAAUACUCAACAUUGUUUCCUGUCCUACUUGUACUACUGCUGUUUGCCUAUUGUUAGCGUACACUUCUGUUUAAAAUGUACGUUUGUAAAAAGCCUGUUUCUCGACUGUUUAUCCGAAACCGCUCUCUUUAUCAUAUUGUCCACUCGAGCAGGUUCGAAACUUAUGCUUGUUUUGAUUUAAACCUAUGAAAACAGAUUCUUGUUCUACCAGUCGCUGUCAUCUUGCCGCCUGAAUAAAAAUUCGACUGACUCAGACGCAACGUUUUCAUGUCACUCGUUUUUAAUUGAGUCUCUUUAAUUUCUACCUCAUGUCUCACUCGCUCACGUUAUCAUUCGUAUAAUAGAAAUGUCCUUUGACUUGAUCACUCAUGUGUAAAGUGCCAAAUAGAUUCGUAUAAAAACUGCACUUUCCGCUUGAACCCUUCAUAUAAAGGCCAAAGGCAUUCAAUUUAAACCUCAGUAAAUUAAAGUCACUUAAUCUUCUUUUUGUUCCACGAUGACCCCUGGCCAAGAUUAAUGAAUGUAUGAUGCUCUGUUUCGAAUUACUGUAACAGCUUGGUGUGGCUCAUCAGGAUGGGUGAGUUAAAAGUGAAGGUAAGUAGCAUUUCAAGCUGGAUUGUUAGGACUUUUGUUCUUGUCACGUUGCACGUUAUUGUAUGUGUCUGUGUGCUAGUAGAGCCUGUUUGACUUGCUUUAGUUUUUUCACUGGUGAUAUUAUUAGAACAGUCACAUACUGUUCCUGAAACGCUUCAUCCUGAUGUGGAUCAGUGCAGUUGUUUCAUGAUGUCCGUCAAGUGUUUCUAAAGUGACUGACCUCUUCUCCUCCCAGCCAUUCAGUAGAGCUGUACUGACAUAAGUCUGUACUCCAUAAACUACUCCUUAACGUCAAACUAUACCUUUUAUGUUUCUUCC